CAGCCGCAUUGGACUCCUCAGUCUCAAAACAACGGCGAAAAGCUUUGAAAUGAACGUUUGCGGUAAUCUCACAAGUAACUCAGAGGGAUCCAGCUCACCGUCGCCCUCCGACGAAGAAGCGAUCACAUUGGCGUCGGCCAAACCCAAGAAGCGAGCCGGACGUAGAGUGUUCAAGGAGACAAGGCAUCCUGUGUACCGAGGAGUGCGUCGCAGGGACAAGGACAAGUGGGUCUGCGAGGUUCGUGUUCCUAAUAAUAACAAAUUAAGGAUCUGGCUCGGAACCCAUUCAACUCCUGAGAAAGCAGCCAGAGCAUACGAUGUUGCUGCUCUAGCACUUCGUGGCAGGUCGGCUUGCCUCAAUUUCGCAGACUCCGCGCAGCGGCUUCCUCUGCCGGCGUCCACCGAUCCCGAUGAGAUACGGCGAGUGGCGAUGGAGGCGGUGGAGGCAUUUGACGACGACAACGAGAACCAGCACGAGGUAGUCUGUAGCAGUAUGGGAAUGAAAGAAGAUGAGAGGGCCGGUACGAGUAUGGAAUUAGAAAGUUAUGUGAAUGGAGUUUCGGAGUUUAAAGAUCAGGCGUUGUUUAGCAUGGCGGACGAGCCACUGAGAUCUCCUCCUGCAGCUUAUUCUCUGGGGACACAUGGAUGGGAAGAAGUGGACCUCGUCGAUAAUGAGGUGUCACUCUGGAGCUUUACCAUUUGAUUGAUUUGAAGUAAGAUGCGUUUCGUCUUACUUUUUCACAAGAAAAGUUAGAAAACGAGGAAACGCCUCCGGGUCCUUGAACCGAGUGAAGUGAGCAUAACAAGUAUCUGUCUUCACUCUCUAUUUCUUUUUCUUUUUUUUUUUCUUUUUACAUUUUUUGUGGUCUGGGAAGGCUCCGCGCAUUGUGUAAUUAGUUUGUCUUCUUCUAGAUUCUCCAAGCUCAAGUGAACGAGCUUCAGUAGGGUUUCACAGAGAAUUGGACAGGAUUGAAUUUUAACUUAAUUCAAAGUUCAGCCUCUUUUAUGAAAAAAAAAAAUUAGACUAGUAAAUUCAUAGUUCGACCCAAUUCAAUUGUUACUUGAAGAUUAAGACUGAACUUAAUUCAUGAGAUUAA